AUGCGACAGGCACAAGAACGUGGGGUAGGUAAACCAUUGGAAGUGCCUCAGCUGAGGCGGCCUGCCUUUCUCAACAACUUCAAAUAUCUGUGGUGGAAAUUGUCAAGCUCCUACUCCAUUUACCCUUCCCUUGGCUCAAUCAUCGUUUCAAUCCUAAGCGCGUGCGCGAGUUUGGGCUACAAAUGCCUCAGCCUUUCCAGGACCUUGACUGAGCUUGCAGAAAGAUACAAGCAGUCUAGGCUCUCAAUUCUGUCUAUUGCCCAGGAAUGCAUAACAACCAGACUGGCUUGGUCUCUCAUUGAGCGCUGGGCCGCGGAAAAUUCUGGGAGCUUUGCGGAUUACGACGAUGUCCACGAAACAAUACAGUCCACCCUCCAUGCCGGCGUCCUGAUCAUGUCUGCUCUGGAGAGCGACCUGAUGAGUUUGCAGAAGCCUUCAAAUUCACAAAGUUUCUUGUGGGGGACCAAGAUUGUCUGGAACGAACACGUGUUUCGACAACACCUUGAUCGCAUGAGAGGGCUAGUUACAUCCCUCACCCUUCUCCUGGAUACUUUAAAGCUCCCAACUUCCUGUGACGGGGUCCCACUUCUCUUGCCCAAACAGAUUGUAUUCCAGGAUGUCAGUCAGAGCGUGCGAGCAAGCAUGGAUGAGCGCGAAAGUCUUGAUCUUCGAUACAUUCCGUUUAGCUUCGAGAAUGAAUUACCUCGCCGAUUUUCGACCCUACUUACGUAUACUGUUUGCAAGGAGGAAGAUGUCGGAGUUCCAAUCCAGAUUUCCGAGCACAGAAUCCCCGAAGCAGCAGCGAAAAUGCGAAGGGAAAGCAAGCUCUCUCAAGAUCAUGGAUGUCGGGGCUACGUUGGCCAAAGAAUCAGUUACAUCACAAAAGAUCGUAAAGACUGCUACUCCUCGCGUGCCGCCCAGCCCGAGAAUUGGUGA